AUGUCGUUCAGGCUUAUCACAUGCACAUGCAGAGCAGCACUCCCGCGGACUUUGUCGACAGCAAGACCAUCUCGAUCGACCUUCGCAACGACGACGAGUAGAUGGCAGGAGGAUGACGCGGCGGCAAAGCUAGAGAUACUCAAAGCGAGAGCAGCCAAAGCCAAGCGCAACGCUACCCUCAUCGAUCGACCUUCACCACCCAGUCUACCCGCAGCAGAGCAGCGCGAGUUUGAGGAACUGCAAAAGCAGGCCUAUGCACCUUUCUCGUCUGACGCCGCCAAUGCUGCCAACAUCGAAAGUCAAGGCAUCGUCGAUGAGACUGAAGUCCAUCAUCCCGAUCUGCGCAAGAAGCCAAAGCCACUUUUUGAGGGCGAAGUGAAUCCUCAGACCGGCGAAGUGGGCGGACCCAAGAGGGAGCCUUUCCUACAGAAUGCCAGAGACUGGAGCUACGGUGGACGCGUGACAGACUUGUGA